AUGGUUGUCAAAACGCCUGCAUCGCCCUAUGUUUGGGACUUCGAAGGACUUUGCGCCUUUCGGGAUACAUUGAAAGACACGAUCAUUGUUGCUAUCGACCUCGAAGGGGUCGACCACCUUGUUCAGAAGCGCGGCCAACCUGCAACUACAGCUUACGACAAGCUUUCCGAGGUGGGAAUUGCAAUUUACGAUCCCCGCGAUAACCUCAAGACACCGACAUCCAACCCCGCCGACAUCGAAAGCAUUGGACCUCACAUUAAGGCCCAACACACCAUCAUCCACGAGUUCCGCAGAGUCACUGAGGAGACCUGCCCAGCCUUUUACCACAAAAAGUUCGGCAACAAGCCGCAUUCAGCCCGGCCGUACCAUUGUGCAUUUGCGCGCUCCAUUGUCAAGACCAAGGAGAAGGCCUUAAACGACCUGAAGGACACCAUCAAGCAGCUUUGCAGCCAGAACCGCACCGACGCCGAGGUCAAAAGUGGCAAGGAUCGGUCCGUGCGCAUCCUCUACUGGGCUGCACACAUGGAAGAGACCGUAUUUCAUCUCGGCGGCCUUGAUCUGACCGCUGCAGGCUCGGAUGUAAAAAUCUGGGAUCUCCAAUUAUGGUCGGUUUUCCAGAUCCGAUUCCACAAACCACAGACAAAGGGGGAAGAGGUUUUCUCCUCGCUCGGUGCCCUGGGCGAGGGCUUCAACCUACACAAUGCCACCAACGACUGUGUGGCACAGUUGCUUGCCCUAAUAAGGGUUCUAUCGAUGAAGGAGGCGGAGUGGACUACUUGGUUCGUCCAAUAUAUUGACGCGUCACCAUUGGCCAUGGACUGGCUCAACGCAUCAAUCCUUCAACACAACUACAACAUGCGGCCAAGGAGCCUCCACGAGAGGAAUACUCGGCCGAACCAGGGUACUUCUACACAACGCCACGAACGACUGCCUAGCCCACCCAAACGUGUGACAAAGCCUACUCCCCGCUAUACCUCUAACGACUUCGACUCACAAGCGCCUUCCGCGCCGGGUGUUGGAGGUAUGGUGCCUGGAGGUACCUCUAGCAAUCAUUCAGCAGAGGAGAAGACGGCAAAGAGAUCCAGCGGCAAGAAACAUACCUCUGGUAGUGCUACUGACCAGUGGUGGGCUGCCUACGAGGCCAGAAAAGACAAAAUCUCGUCCACUAUGGCAACGUACAAGAAACCCAUUGCCGCUGUGGCCCCAUCGACCGAAGAAGUUGGUACCGGUUGGCCAGCUGAAAUGGAGUGGGCCCUUUGA